AUGUUGCAUGACCUUAAUGUAGAGCUGCAAGAAAAAGACAAAACUGUAAUCAAUAUGAUGAGCUCAGUUAAUGUUUUCAAACUAAAAAUGCAACAUCUCUCCUCAAAGCUGCAGUGUCAUGAUUUGGCAAACUUAAAGAACCUCACGUCAGAGCUAGAGACCCAAGGGAAGGCAUGUGUGCAACUUGACAGUGCACACUGCACUGAGCAGAUCGAUAAUUGUCUGUCAGAGUUUGACAAACGCUUUCAAGACUUUGCUUCACUCAAGCCAGUUGCUACAUUCAUGUGCUACCUUUUUCAGGAAGAUGCUGAGGUUGAUCCACUUGCAUCAAAAAUUGCAACAUUGUUUCACCUGAACUCUUCUGGAGUGGAGGAUGAGAUUUUGACACUACAGGCUGACAUUCAACUGAAGUCCAGGGUCCAUGGACAGUUCUGGAACUUACUCACAGAAGAAAAGUACCCCAACAUGAGGAAAUGUGCCACCUCCUUGACUGCAUUGUUCAACUCUACUUAUUUAUGA